AUGACUUUUCUUUCUUUCUUUCUUUCUUUCUUUCUUUCUUUCUUUCUUUCUUUCUUAUGCUGUAAUUUCGUCGUUAUGUCAUCAUCUCUCUUUAUCUGGCUAAAUAUAUAUGACUUUCUUUGUUUCACUCAAUUUGGAUCUCCUCUUCUCUUCAAAUCCUUUUCUUUCUUUCUUUCUUUCUUUCUUUCUUUCUUUCUUUCUUUCUUUCUUUUACUCUUCUCUCUCACUCACUCACUCACUCCUCACUCCUCCUCUCUCUCUCUUUCCUCCCUCCCCUCCUCCUCCUCCUCUCCUCUCUCUGUCUCUCUCUCUUUCCUCCUCCUCCUCUCUCUAUCCUAUCUCUCUCUUUACUCCUCCUCCUCUCUAUCUCUCUCUCUUUCCUUCCUCACUCCUCCUCUCUAUCUCUCUCUCUCUUUCACUCCUCCUCCUCACUCAUUCCUCUCCCUCCUUCUCUCUUUUCACUCCUCACUCCUCACUCCCUCCUCUCUCUAUCUCUCUCUCUUUCCUCCUCCUCCUCCUCCUCCCCCUCCUAUCUCUCUUUUCACUCACUCCUCCUCCUCUCUCUCUCUUUUUCUCUCUAUAUAUAUAUUCUUUAAAAUUUAA